CGCACUUGGAUGAUGGAGUUCCUCCGAAACUGGAAGAGCCUGACUUUUCGAAAUAGACGGACCGAACGCUUCAUCUCAAGGCAGCAGCGCUAUGGGCUGGGUAUGAUGAUGAAACGAUGGAUGCACUUUAAACUUCAAGUGAGGAGGAGGAGGAAGAUCAGCGCUGUGUUAUCAACGGAGAUGCAAAGUCGAUAUCAGCUCAUCUCGUUUCAGUUUUGGAGGAGUGGGAUAGUCUGGAAGAACAAGUGGAGAAGACUGAAUGUUGCAAGAAUGCAACACUCUCAGGCGCAAUCAUGCUUGUUCCAGCACUUGCUUCAUUGGUUUGCGAUCAAGAGAAUAAGAAUCAAAGUGAGAAGCAGAUCCAAGAUGCUUCAACGCCGGGAUGCAGGGCUCGUGUUUGAUUGCUGGAGGACUCAUGUCAGCAGAAUGAAGAGCCUGGCAAAGCGCAAGAUGAAUGUUAUCAUUCGCAGGCAGUGGAACCAACAAGCAUCUUGCCUGCAAGUCUGGUGCAGUUAUGUCUACAUGCAAGAGACCAGGAAGAUUGUACUGGUGAAGAUGCAGAGGUGCUCAAAUGUCAUAUCAAUGCAAUCGAUCCUCAAGUAUUGGUCCUACACAGCCAAGAUCGUUCUGGAAAGCAAGAACUUGUACAAGUUGAGGAGGACGUUUCAGAGGCUGAAGAAGGCCCAAAUAUUGAGAAACUUGUACAGUAGAAUCAAGGAAUCUUGGGACUCAGUCAACAAUCUUCAAAUGCUCAAACAGUAUUUCAAUCGAUGGCAGAUCUUCUUUGACUGCAUUUUAGCUGCUUAUCAUCAGC